CAACUCAAACGCCAUCAGUCCACCGCCAGCCACAGCUCGAUCAACAUCCAACCAAUCCACAAACCAAAGAAACCUUCCCAAAAUGAUGAAGAUCACGAUCGCCGCCCUCGCACUGCUGGCCGUAGCCGUUGCUGCUUACGAACAUGAGGACUAUCAUUCGCAUCCCAGCUACAAGUUCGAGUAUGGCGUAAAGGAUCCUCACACCGGAGACCACAAAAGCCAGUGGGAACAUCGGGAUGGAGAUGUCGUCAAGGGAGCAUACACUCUGGAUGAAGCCGACGGAACCAAGCGAGUGGUUGAGUACUCGUCCGAUAAGCACAACGGCUUCCAGGCUCACGUCAAGCGAGUGGGUCAUGCUGACCAUCCGGCCGUGUAUGGACACCAUGAGGCUGGACACUCGUACAGCCAUGGACACGGUCAUGGACAUGGCAGCAGCUACGCCAACGGCAACCUGUACCAGCAUCAUCACUAAGCAGCAUUUGUGGUAGCUCGGAAUUUGUUCCUGUGAUUGAAAGACAAAU